UUCUGGACACAGUUAAACAAAAGCAAAUUUGAAACGUUGCGAAGGGAAAUCAUUUAUGGAGAGAAUCAGUUCAGAAUGAGGACAACGGAUAGAGUGCUGACAGUUGCGUUGCUAGCAUAUAUCAUUCCAUGUUGUUCUGGAUUUUUACAUAAAAGUAAGAAAUUCAGCGGCCAACUCACGCCUAUGGAUGCCAAUGUUUGUACAACACAGAAUAUUACUUUUACCGGUGAACUUCUCCAAUCUCCAUCGCUUAACUACUCCAUUGGCUUUGCUGUUAAAAAUGGAAAUACAAAAUAUGAAGCAGUACAUUAUGACAAUGUAACAACUGUCAAUGAGACGAUGUCCCAAUUUACACUUUACAACAUCACUUUGGAUACGGAAGAUAUCUCAAAACCUGUAUACGUCCAUGUAAAGAGUUACUACUGGCAAAAAUUCGAUGACAAAGAUGAUACAUUACAGCUUGGGAAAACAUCUACUACGCGUAUUUACCCACUGCUAGAGACUGUUCGAGAUUUUAAAUGCAUAGUGAUGAAUUACGUGUCAAUGAAUUGUUCUUGGAAUUAUGGGAAAGACUAUGGUGAAAAUAUGCCAGAAGUGAUAUUUCAGUGGAGAAUCCCAUCAUACAGUGCUUCAUGGACAGAUUGUAGAGACUUCAAUCCAGAAUAUGGGUAUUGUUAUUGGGCGAAAGAUUCGGAUCCGGGAUAUUUCAAAAAUGUUAACAUUACCGUUAGAAUUACAUUAAAACAGAAAUGUGACCUCAAUAAUUCUACAGAUUUCCAUAAAAUAGACACAUCAAAAAUAGUUAAGCCAAAUCCAGUUUCGAGCAUUUCAUCAAAGGUUAUCGACAGUACGUGCAUUCAGGUAUUUUGGAAUACAAGUGAUUCGGAGCCACAAAAUCCUAAAGAACAUAGAAUUAUUGUAUCCAGUAAAUGGGACUAUUCUACGAUGACGUUUAAAACAUCUCAGACCACUAAGCAAUUUUCACACAGUCGGACCUUUUGCGACCUACAUCCAUACACUGAAUAUACAUUUAGUGUAAGUAUACAGCCGAUUGGCCUCUACUCAGGCUUUUUCAGUGACGAGAAAAAAUGUGUAUCAAGGACGUUCUCUGACAUACCAAGUGCAAGUCCAGAGGUGAUAGAAGGGGGCUAUUAUAACUAUAAUCACAGAGACUGUGAUGAAAGUAGUCAGGAGAGACGUGUUUGCGUAGUUUGGAAGUCAAUCAAAGACGAACAUAAAAAUGGACCAAUGAAGGGUGUCCAGGGUCUGUUUACUGCCAUUAAUGCGAAAACACCACCUGUUCAAGAAGACUGGGCCGAAGAUUCCGCGUAUGGUUGCUCCUUUUUAUUGUGUAACACACACUAUAACUUCACUAUUAAGACCAGAAAUGUGAAUGGUACAUCAGAAAAUGGCUCAACAAUCACAAUACCAUCAUUCAAUCCAGGGAAUACGCCUCCACAAUUCAUAGUGGAAUCAACUAAUACAUCAGAAGUUUACAUUAACCUUGACCAACGAGACGGUCGUCAUACCAAAGAGUAUACUGUAGUGUGGUGCCGAAAACAAAAUGGACAUUGUCAGUCAGGUCAUGAUGUCAGUUGGAAACACUUUCCUUCAAACACAACAGAAGCCGUUUUACAUAUAAAUUCAUCCCAAGACUUAAUGUAUGGUGUAAGUGUAUUAACAGAGGAUGGAAGCAGUGGUGUAGAGUGGCAGGAUUGUGUAUAUCUCAAAAAUAUACCCCUAAAGAGGGAGCCUCAGAAUGUCGUUGUGUCGGCGGGAUCUGAUGAUAACACACUGGUUGUCACGUGGGAUAAACUGACAUGUAAAUCAAAUGAGCCAUAUAUAGCCAUGUACAAUGUACAAUUCAACAAAUUAGAUAUAUAAAUCGGAAAUCUAUCAAUGUGACUGAGUCAGACGAAGCAAGGGUGGUAUUAAGGGACAUGCAAGAGGAUCAAACUUAUUUUGUGACGGUGAGAGGAAUCACGAAAGAUGGCCGAUAUGGACCGGAGAGUCAGUCUCAGACAGGCGUACCA